AUGCGAAGUCGUACCCGGACGCGGUUCGCACCAAGUCCAACAGGACCUCUUCAUAUAGGUGGAUUACGGACGGCCCUCAUAAACUUCCUAUUGGCUCGAAGAGAUGGGGGAGAUUUCAUACUCCGAAUCGAGGAUACUGAUCAGUCUCGAUGCUCUGUAGACGCGUUGAAGGGAAUUACUAAUGGACUUGAAUGGGCAGGAAUGUCACCAGAUGAGGGUCCUGUUGCCGGUGGCCUUUACGGCCCCUAUGUUCAGUCGGAACGUCUUGAAAUUUAUCGAAAAUUUGCUAAUCACCUGCUGCAAACUGGUCGAGCUUACCGCUGUUUCUGUUCACAUGAGCGUCUUGAAAUUCUUAAAAUUGAGCAACGAAGAAAUGGAGAAAAGGUUCGAUACGACAAUCGAUGUCGCCAUCUAUCACGCAGGCAGAUUGAGUCAAACCUUUCCCAAAAUCUGUCCCAUGUUCUUCGGUUUAAGGUAAUAAUGAAAUCAGAUGGACUGCCAGUCUAUCAUUUGGCAAACGUCGUCGAUGACCAUUUGAUGGAGAUCAGUCACGUUGUACGUGGUUCGGAAUGGCUAACUGCAGUUCCUAAGCAUUUACGACUCUACGCAGCCUUCGAUUGGGAACCUCCAGCUUUUGCCCACCUACCACUAAUGCUCUCCAGUUCAGGCCGAAAGUUCUCAAAACGUGACGUGGAGCAGGAGCCGGUGGCGUUAGUGGAGAGCCUGCGUCGUGAGGGUUAUCUACCCUCGGCCCUACUGACCUGGUUGUCGGCAACUGGUGGCCUCUUCGAAUUCGCAUCAUCCAACAACGAAAAUUGUGAGUCUUCUGGUGUCUGGACACCUGACAAACGUGUUGAAGAAAUGCUCUACUCGUUCGACCUCUCUUCGCUGAGCCGUCAUCACGCGCGUGUGGAUCCUGAACUGCUCCAAAUUUGCGGACGAGCGCACUUUGACCGACUCGUCGAUGAAGCCGUCUUAAGACGAUCGUUGGGAUGCCCGACAAUUAUAAACUACCUUCGUAACUACAUGACUACUUACCCACCUUUGGAUGGCAACUCCACUCAUUUAAUAGACUUACUCAACGAUGAAGAGCGACUGCUGCAGAUGUUGGUGCGAUUAAAGGGUCGAAUCGGGAGAUUAUCCGACCUAACUUCGGCUUCUUCUGCCUUCGGCUUUCUUUGGAAGUCGCCUAGUCUCGAAAUUAUCAAAUCUGCCCUAUCUAGAUCUGAUGAAACUCACAAAGCCAUUUUAAUGACUGCUGAGAUGUUAGAGAACUCUAAAGAGUCCUCGGAAGAUGAGCUGAAGAUCCUACUCCAAAGUGUUAAUGGGUUAACUAACCUGCCCAAGGCGAAAUUCUUCUCGAGUUUGCGAAUUUGCCUGACCGGCUCUAAUCACGGUUUGCCUAUCCAUGAAUUGGUGCUGCUUUUAACUCCAAUGGAAGCUGCUAAGCGAAUUCGAGAAGCUAGCAAAGUGAUUUGA